CUCAUACGAGGUUAAAUAUAAAGAAAUGUUUAAUAUAUUUUUAAGCCUAUUAAAAAAGAAAAAAUGUUGUGAGGUUAUAAGAUUUAUUAAUAAGAGUUUUUUUUAUUCUACCAACGUGGUUGAUAUUAAGUCUAUCCGUAAUAUUGGUAUAUCAGCUCAUAUUGAUUCGGGGAAAACUACUUUGACAGAGCGCAUUCUUUACUACACUGGUAGGAUCAACGAAAUUCAUGAGGUAAAAGGAAAGGAUGGUGUUGGAGCUAAGAUGGACAGCAUGGAUUUGGAACGUGAAAAGGGGAUUACUAUCCAGUCUGCAGCAACGUAUACUCGUUGGAAGGAUGCCUCUAUUAACAUAAUAGACACUCCUGGGCAUGUUGAUUUCACUGUCGAGGUGGAGCGCGCCUUACGUGUACUGGACGGCGCUGUUCUUGUUCUUUGCAGUGUAGGCGGAGUUCAGAGCCAAACUCUGACUGUAGACAGGCAAAUGAAGCGCUAUAAUGUUCCUGCAAUCACCUUUAUUAAUAAAUGUGAUCGUGCUGGCGCCGACUAUAAUCGAACAAUUGAGCAAAUGAGAAUAAAAUUAAAACGCACACCGGUUCUUUUACAGUUACCUCUUGGCUUGGAGGAUGAUCUGAAGGGAACAAUAGACCUGUUAACUAGGAAAGCCUAUUAUUCAGAAGGGUCGAAAGGAGAGAUCUUGCGAGAAGCCGAGAUCCCGGCGGACUAUUUAAGCUUAGCGGAAGAAAAACGCUUGGAGCUUAUUGCCAUUUUGGCCGAACAUGAUGACGACGUUGGGGAGUACUUCGUGAACGAAGAGGAUCCGCCACUCCCCGUUUUGAAGAACGCCAUUAAAGUUUUGGUCCGGGCUCACAAGAUCACGCCCGUCUUUGUCGGAUCUGCUUUGAAGAAUAACGGCGUGCAGUUGCUGUUGGAUGGUGUGGUAGACUACCUCCCUUGUCCUACUGAAGUUAAUAAUUACGCGUUGGAUGCCAAUCAAAACGAAGAGCGCGUUCCUUUGAGUGCAGACGAUCCGCAUUUGCCUUUUGUAGGACUAGCAUUUAAACUAGAAGAAGGAAGGUUUGGCCAGCUCACCUACAUACGAAUUUACCAAGGAAUGCUUAGAAAGGGUUCUGCAAUCCGUAACGUGACUCGAGACAGAAAAAAAAAAAUUAAAGUUCCCCGGCUGGUGAGAAUGCACGCCAACGAGAUGGAAGACGUACUAGAGGUCGGCCCCGGAGAGAUUUGCGCUAUAUUUGGCCUCGAGUGCUACUCUGGCGAUACCUUCACAAGCGGGGAGGCAAACCUCACUAUGACCUCGAUGUUUGUCCCCGAGCCCGUCCUCUCGUUGGCAGUGAAACCCGUUAAGUACACUGAGAUGGACAAGCUCGGAAAGGCUUUGGCAAGAUUCAAGAAAGAGGACCCCACCUUUCGUGUGCAUGUGGACUCGGAGAGUUCUGAGACGAUUAUCAGCGGGAUGGGCGAAUUGCACCUCGAAAUCUACAUUGAGCGCAUUCGGCGGGAAUAUGACUGCGAGGUCAUCACUGACAAGCCAAAAGUCGCCUUCCGAGAGACUAUCAGCACACCCGCCCAGUUCGACUACCUGCACAGAAAGCAAACUGGAGGGAGCGGGCAGUACGGGCGAGUCAUGGGCGAUUAUCUCCCCAUCGACUGGAGUCUGCCUAACCAGUUCACCAAUGCAACGGUUGGCAUGAACAUCGGCCCCGACUUCAUUCCCGCCAUAGAAAAGGGGUUUUACGAAGCUUGUGAGAAGGGCGCUCUCACUGGUCAUCCAAUUAUCGGCACGCACUUUAUUCUCCGCGAUGGGGCAACUCACGUGGUCGACUCCAAUGAGUUGGCGUUUCGGUUGGCCACCAAGGGGGCUGUGCGGCAAGCGUUUUUGAAGGGUAAUCCUAUUGUCUUGGAGCCUCUAAUGAAGGUGGAGGUUCAAGUUCCAGAAGAGUUUCAAGGGAACUGCAUAGCCAAUCUUAGUAAGCGAAAAGGGCUGAUAGUAGACACGGAGAAUAGCCAAUCUUUCUGCACCAUAAUAGCGGAGGUCCCCCUUAACAAUAUGUUUGGGUUUGCAAGUGAGCUGAGAUCAGCAACGCAGGGAAAAGGCGAGUUUUCCAUGGAGUAUUCGCGUUUGGACAGAGCAAGCGGAGAAACACAGAAGCAGCUCGUGGAAGAGUAUCAGAAAAACGCUCAUAAACAAUAG